AUCCUAAUAUGCACAAACGCACCGACACCGAUGAAAUCGUGGGAAAACAUGUCUUGCGUCGCCUAGAGCUUUGUCAUCGCAUUGGAAACGGUGCACAUGGCAUGGUAUGGAAAGCUAUAGAGAAACGUACCCGGCGAGCUGUUGCCGUGAAGAAAUGCUUCAAUGUACUGAGCCGAGUCAGAGAUGCACAGCAAAUGUACCGCGAGAUAAUGUACCUGCAUCGGCUAACUGGCCACGACAACAUUAUCAAUAUGCAGCAUGUGAUUCUGGCGGGUAACGGGCAAGAUAUGUACAUUACAUUUGAGUACAUGCAAACUGACAUGUACGCGGUCAUUCGAGCGGCGAUCUUGACACCAAUUCAUACAAAGUAUAUAGUAUAUCAACUUCUAAAGGCGCUCAAGUUUAUUCACAGCGCGGGUGUGGUGCAUCGAGAUAUAAAACCAUCAAAUCUACUUUUAAAUGACGACUGCCACUUAAAGGUCUGCGACUUUAGUCUCGCGCGCACUUUGGAUCUAGACCAACUCGCUACAGAAGCUCCACUUACAGGUUAUGUAGGGACUAGGUGGUAUCGGGCAAUUGAACUGUUACUAGGAAGUACGCACUACACGGUUGCUAUAGACGUGUGGGCGGUCGGAUGCGUCUAUGCGGAGAUGCUUUUGGGUCGACCGGUAUUUCCGGGUGCAUCAACGACAGGCCAAAUCGUAAAAAUACUGGAACUGAUUGGCAGGCCCAGUAUCCAAGAAAUAGAGUCAGUUAAUUCUGCUUAUGCUUCGACUCUACUUGAUAUGCUUCCAAUUGUUAGACCAGUGUCGUUUGUAGAAAUGUUUCCAAAUGUUAGCGCUGAAGCCCUUAAUUUCCUAAGUCAGUGCUUAUGUUAUAAUCCAAAGAGAGGUAAUCGUUGUUCUGUGAUAGACGGCUUGAGACAUCCCCUGGUUGCUGAAUUUCAUGAUGCUGAUGACGAACCCUCAUCGACUAAGAUAUGUCUUGGGCUUAACGACAAACAACUCUUUAGAGCAAUCGAGUACCAACGAGCUAUAUGUGAUGCUGUUUCGAAACGAAAGCUCACUGCGCGUAAGUUAGAACGUGCACUUAUGGCAAAUCCAGCUAGGACCAUCCUGAUGGAAAAUGAAGAAACACUACCCGAGCCAUUCUAAUGCAAUAGAUUAGUUUCAAGCUGUCAUUUGGUGCCGCAUCAUCGGUUAAUUCCACUAUGCUCCCGUCCAGAUCAAAAGUCAGAGAGUCAUCGACGCACACAUUCCGCGAAAUAGUGCGAAAUAGCGAGCUGCUGUUAAGAGCAAAUUGGCGCUCUCAUCCAGGUCUCGUGCCUAAUGCAGUGGUCCAUAAUUUUUUUUUGGUCGGCUGAAUAGCGAAUGGGGAGGCACUGCCCCGACGUGUUGCCCCAGGUUGGCAAGGUCUACCGACAAGCUCUAAAGUUGCUUCAUAUUCGGCCUAAGGGCGGCGACUUCUAGUCGACUCUACCACAGAUACAACUCGGACUUCUCUAUAAACCCCUACGGAUCUUGAAUGAACUUCCUGGCGUUAUUGUGGGCCGCGCCAAUGCCUGACUUUUUUUCUUCGUGUUCGUGUGAUACAAGUGUACCGAGACAUGCGCACACGAGUCAUGCGCACACGAGUCAUGGAGUCGUUUCGAUGCCACCCCGCAACCCAUCAACACGUUUACCAUCGCUCAGUCGCUUUAGCCCACAGACUGGCGUUGCGACGUGCUUCGUCGCCGCUGCACUGGCAAACUCUUCUUUUGUCCAAGUAUGAUCGAGAAAAUUCCGGGCUCAUACGAGCGCCCGGAAGCAAGGGACGGCCAAGUCAUGCCGUUUUGUGGGCGCCCCUGCGAGAUUAUAUAAUCGCCUGACGUGCAGAGACCUUCAUAGCUUGGCCUCUGACCUCGGCCCUCGUUCUGACCAAGAACCUUACCGACGCUGGAGGCAAUUUCGCUAGCGUGUAAUUCUAUAACAUCAGUGCCGUCGUACUUGAAUCAGCAGCUUCCGAGUCAAGUUGGUCCUUGGGCCGGACCGAUAGUAUACGACAUACCCAAGGCGGUU